AUGAGUUCAAAGUGCUGCAACAUCUUUCCCCUUUGUACCAGCGCCAGUGAAGAACGAGACGUGGAACGGUGCAGCGGAUCGAACUGGUUCACCAAACCACACUCUCGGCGGAAGAGUGGGAAAAAAGUGAAGGUAACAUUCUCGGACCAGCUCGAUUCGGACAGUUCCGGUAGCAGCAGUGUGCCGACCACACCGAACCCCUCCGUGUCCGCCCAGCAUCGGUGGCGUUAUCUGGAGCAACUCUUCGCUCCAUCCGCUAGCAGCAACAGGAAUACCGGAGCUGCAGGGAAUCGAUCUGCGUCAGAGUUUGAUCGUGCUAGUAGCUUCCGUCAGAGUAAUACGAGCUACGGAUCGGUUAGUAGCAGUGGACCGUAUAAUAGACGGGCACCGCCACAGCGCAAAGUAGGACAGAAGAUGGCCGACUGCGAGAAGGAGGAAGCCCUAAAUCUGCAGGUGGAAUUCGAGUGGGUACUGCACGAGGAGGUACAUUCAGUGCUGAAGCAACUGCACGUUAUCCUGGUGGAGUGUGCCCACCGCUUUCCGGUUCCGCUGUACGGUAACGAGGGCAAGAAGCAGGACAAGUUUGUGCUUACAGCCGCACCGGAACAGCUGAAGUGUAUCGUCACGCUAACCGGGGACAGCAUAACACACGCGGACAUCAACUUUAAGGUACAGCGCCAACAGCAACAAAUCCAGCGUACCUCCAUCACCCAGGACUACCCGUGGAAGAUACAACAGGUGCAGGAUGCAGCCAACCAUCUGCAGCAAGCGAUCAACCACAUCGACAACGUGGACAGUGCGUACCAUUUCAAAACAUCCGACGAAGUGUUGCACAUACUAGGCAACAUUCUGGGCGCGCUGCAGCGCGGUCGCACCUCGCUCGUGGUCCCACGCAAGAAGCCAAUCGAUGAGCUGAUGAAGAGCCGUAACAUGAAAGCGCUCUCGCCGAACCUGCCCGAGGAUCUGGCGAUCAGCUUCUACAUACAGAGCCACAAGCUAAUCUUUGUUGCGUACCAGCUGACGAACUUUCAGGGCACGAUGAAGUUUGAUUCCUGUCAGGCAGAAUGUUCCGUGCCGUGGUUAAACGAGGUGCUGGUGCUGUUUACCGUUGCGUUGCAGUUGUGCCAGCAGCUGAAGGAUAAGAUAUCAGUAUUCUCACAGUAUAAGGAUUUCACAGUUGGUUCCCGUUCGCCCUCGGCUUUGUCCUACUGA